UUAAGAAGGACUCCGUAGAUGCACGGCUAUAACUUAUAUCCGGAUUUUCGUUUUCAACUUCUCAAUACCGGUCUUCCAGUCACGAUCGCUCCACCCACAGAAAACCAAAACUGUUAUCGUCUAUCCCUUAAUGAAACUGUCUCCGUAACGGUGCGGACCUGCCACAAGCACAGCUUGCAGGACAGCGACAGAAAGUAAGAAAAAGAGGGACAGGAGGAAGCAAACGCGUUUAGUACAAUGCCAACACAAAACAAGUAAGCCGUGACCUUCAGGCAAAAAUGUUGGGCAUCACGAAGUUAAGAAGUGUCUCGCUGAAGGGAUUGUUUGUAAUCUCUGUGCUUUUAAAGAUCUCAUAUAUGGAAGGCUCAUCGCCAGAUGCGAUCAGUAAUACCACUGUUACUGACUUCACAACAUCCUCCGUGUCUAUUACCUGGAGUGUCCCUCAAAAAGAAGUUGGAGCAGGGCCUGUUGUGGUGGGUAAUCUUUCUGUAACUCAAAUCACAACAUCAUCUGUGUCUCUGCGCUGGAGCCCAUCACCUGAAAACACCACGUCUUACCUAGCUGAGUGGAAAGAGGGCACCACAUGCAAGAAUAAAUCAACAAAAUCAUCAUCCAUCGAUAUAACAGAUCUGACUCCUGGAACUCAGUACACAUUUACAGUAAUCCCGAUUUUUGGUGAUAAUCUGAAAGGUGCCUCUGUUAAUUGUUCUCAAUUUACAAAGCCUGGACAACCUGAGAACAUCUCAGCUGUAAAUCAGCAGAACAAUGGUCUGCGUGUCUUAUGGAGCUCACCUCCUGGAACCGUGAUGGAGUAUGAAGUGACAGUCACAAACUGCGAAAAUAACUUUACAAGGAUUUCCACUACACAAAAAAAUUAUACAGACCUGCAGGAAUUGGAAGCUGGAGUAAUGUACAAUCUCAGUGUGACCUCCAUCAUUGGGCCAUUCAAAAAUACAUCUGAUAUCGUCCAAGUUGCUACUAGACCAAACCCACCCGGAGCUAUAAAAAUAGUAGAGAAAACCAACAACUCCAUUUCACUUUCCUGGGACGUGCCGGUUAUGGAAGCAGCUGCAGAAGCUAAGUACAGUGUAGCGUUCACAUCCAGCCUGAAUUCAUCCACCCAGAUCAUGCUGGUGUCACAGAAUCAGGUUAAAUGUUCAGGACUGACUUCAGGAACACUGUACUACAUCUCAGUGGGAACUGUGGGACCGCAGGACCUAAGGAGCCCGAAUGUCUCCCGAAAUGAGUACACAUUGCCCAAUGCAGUGCAAAACCUCAAAGUCAGCACGAAAUCUAUCAGUUCUGUGAUGCUUGAAUGGGAGAGCCCUGUUGGUGCCCAGUCAUAUUUUGCAUACAGAGUCAAUAUCAACUCAAACGGCUCUGUAAGAAGUCAAAUAACAUCAAUGAACCAAACCAACAUCACAGACCUCAAGCCAGGCACUAAGUACAACUGCUCUGUUACUACGCUUGUCGUAAAUGACACAUAUGGCACCCCCUUAUUCACGUUUUGCCAGACAAAACCAGAGAAGGCAAAGAACGUAACAGUUAUCGGAACAACAACCAGUCUGACCAUGAUGUGGGACAGGCCUGAAGGAACUGUGACAUCCUACAUCAUUGACAUCUACAAUGGAAGCUCACUAGCGGCCAGUCAGACAGUAUUUAACAAUUCGGCUGUAUUUGCUAACCUGAAGCCAGGGACGCUCUACAGCGUCACACUCAACACGCUCAGUGGACCUUUACAAGGGGAACCACAGAUGAUUAAUUGUUCAACCUAUCCCAAUCCACCCAGUUUCAUCAAAGCUGAAGGUGCAACGACAAGUUCCAUUAACAUCAGCUGGGGCAGGCCCUCUGACAUGGACGGGGACCAGUAUACAUAUAUUGUUUCCUACCAGGGCAAUGAAAUUGCCUCCAAUGACACCUGUUUCAUGCUGGGAAAUCUGACAUCAGGGACGCACUACAAUAUCUCUGUGCUAACGGUUGGACCAAUGAGCUACAAGAGCAAGCCACAGACUGUGUUAAGCUGUACAAGAGUCAGCUCUGUGAAAAAGCUGCAAGCAACAGAGAUUACAACUUCUAAUGUGACACUGGUUUGGGAGUCUCCCAAUUCUGGGAAGAGUUAUGAGUACUUUGUAGCAACAAAGUCCCUAACCCAAGUGACCAACUUCACUGUGAACAGAACAGAUGCCAGCAUCAGAAGCCUUCAGUCUGGUAGCAAUUAUACGUUUGAUGUCACAGUUACGCUGCAGGGUGUUUGUGAAUCUGCUGCCGAAUCCAUCUCGCUAUUCACAAGACCAUAUCCCAUUGUUGACUUGAAGUCUGAGGCAAUUAAUGAAUCGGUGGUGUAUUUGAACUGGACCAGACCACAGGAAUACCAAGACAGCUACACUUACACAGUUCAGAUUUCGGGGUGCACGUCUAAUACGAAGAAUCAGUCAGUGCAGCAAGAACAGGCCUACAUUUAUGAUCUGAUUCCAGGGACCAACUGCUUCCUCCUUAUUUACAGCAGGGCGUCAAAUGGCAUUGAAGGAUGGCCACUCUCCACAUCUCAAUACACAAAGCCUGAAAAGGUAUUGCCAGCGGUGUCAAAUGGACAUAAAAAUGAUUCCAUUAAUGUGACCUGGGGUCCUACAAGGGGCAACAUAGAGAAAUAUGUGGUCACCCUAUAUAAUCCUCAAGGACCAAACUCGAUGCAGGAACUAAACAACACUGCUCAAUCCUAUCUGUUCGUUAACCUGAAAGCAGGACGUAUGUACACAGUCACAGUGAGAACAAGCAGUGGGCCCUUUGCAGAGGAAUCACUGGCAGUGUCAGUCGCAACCUAUCCAAACAAACCUGGAGAUAUCACAAUAGCAGACAAGAAUACUAGCUCAAUUGCUUUAGCAUGGAGCAGUCCGCUGGACAGUGACGGUUCUACUAACUAUUACAUGGUGAAAUAUCAGUCUGCUGUGUACAACCACACAAUUAAAACCAAUACAAGCAGCAGUGUCCUGAACAGACUGGCUUCCGGAACCUCGUACAAUAUCUCUGUGGCUACUGUAGGACCAGAGGAGCUCGAGAGUGCACCAGUUACGGUGGACUUGGUCACAACCAGACCAGAGAAAGUUCAAUCACUGGAAAUACAGUCUGUGUUUCUUGAAGAGGUCAUGCUCAAAUGGAGUCCCCCGUCUGAUUUUAAAAAUGGGUACUACUACGGAGUGAUUACAAGCCGCACAGAUUAUGUGAUCAAAAAAACAACGCCCAAUAAGACUUAUAAGGCAGUCGAUCUAUUGCCUGGAACUGAGUAUAAUUUCAGUGUAAUGACGCUGACACUGGAUGGGACAGAGUCCUCACAUGCAAUGGUGUCCUCCUGUACAGAUGCAGCUCCAGUCACAAACAUCAGCUGUCAGGGCCCAGACCUCACUCCGGCUCUCACAGUGCAGUGGAGCAGUCCCAAAGGCUUAAACAAAGGCUUUGAAAUAAACAUAACAGAUAAACCCAAGGAGACUCUUCCAACUUGUACUUCCGAAUGUGUGCACACCCUAAAAAAUCUGUCUUACAACACAAAGUACACGGUGAACAUCCUAACUCGUGGGUGUGGGAAUAGCAGCCCCAUCACAGCUUUAUCCUGUAAGACAGGAAUCACAGUUCCAUUGAUACCAGAUAUAAAGGGCUAUAUCGAAGUUACUGAUGUGGAGCAUGAUCGAUUUACUUUGAAACUGAACCCUGGGCUCUUUAGUGACAGUGAAGGACCCAUUGUCAGUUAUGGUGUACUUGUUACAUCUAGUGUGAGCAGUAUUAUUGGUGGAAACUCAUCCUCUUUUAAAAAGUACCUAAGCAACACAUAUGAAGCCUGGAAUACUGGAAAUGAAGCAGCUUAUCUAGCGACCCUUAAAGGAGACAAGGAAACAUAUCAAGGAGGCAUAACUUCAAUUGUCAUCGGUGACAACACCGAAUGGGGGACAUAUAUUAAUGGGCCACUUAAACCCAAGGGAAGCUACAGGUUUGCCAUCGUUAUGUUUACUCGACUGGAGAAAAAUGGUGAAUUUAUAGAUAUUUCAAAAUCCUAUGUCUCAAUAUCACCUUUUUAUGAGACAGAAAUAAAUCUUCCAGAAAAUCCAGUUGUUGUCACAUCCAUAGUUAUGUCUAUAGUAUCUAUACUCCUACUUAUCAGCAUUUUUAUCAUUGGUGCAGUUUCAUUUAAAAGACGUAAGAGACCAGAACCUUCAGAAGUCCCCAUUCUUUCAAUGAGUGAAAAAGCUAGUGUUCCCAUUAAAGUGGAGGAUUUUAAAGAUUACUUCAGAAAGCAACAAACAAAUUCUAACUGUGGAUUUGCAAAAGAAUUUGAGAACCUGAAAUCUGUGGGCAUAUCUCAAGCUAAGAGCAGCGGCUUGGCUCUGGAGAACAAAGGGAAGAACCGAUACAACAAUGUCCUGCCGUAUGAUUCUUCAAGAGUAAAGCUGUCCAUCCAAGGAUCGCCAUUUGAUGAUUACAUCAACGCCAACUAUAUUCCAGGGUACAAUUCCAGGAAGGAGUUCAUUGCAGCACAGGGUCCAUUAGCCAGUACUGUGAAUGAGUUCUGGAGGAUGAUCUGGGAGAAAAAUGUGAGCACGCUGGUGAUGCUGACUAGGUGCAAUGAGCAGGGCCGGGUAAAAUGUGAGGAAUACUGGCCUUCAGGAACCAAGCAUUUCAGCAAUAUAACUGUGACAUCAACAUCUGAAAUAGUUCUAGAUGACUGGACAAUAAGAGACUUCACUGUCAAGAAUGUGAAAACUGCAGAAAAACGACCUCUGCGGCAAUUCCACUUCACAGCCUGGCCGGACCACGGCGUCCCAGGGACCACGGAGCUGCUGAUCACCUUCAGGCACCUCGUGAGAGACCACAUGGACCAGUUCUCGCGCAAUUCCCCCUCCGUGGUGCACUGCAGUGCGGGAGUGGGACGAACUGGAACCUUCAUCGCCAUUGACCGCCUGAUCUUCCAAAUCGAGCGGGACAACGAGGUGGAUGUGCAUGGAAUUGUCCAUGAUCUCCGCAUGCACCGGCCACUCAUGGUCCAGACUGAGGAUCAGUACGUGUUCUUAAAUCAGUGUGCCAUGGACAUCAUCAGAUCAAGAAGUGGAACCAAUGUAGACUUGAUAUAUGAGAACACAGCUGCAGUCUCUAUUUAUGAGAACUUUCAGCCUAUGAAAAAAUCGAAAAAUGGUUACCACCGUACUUAGGAAAAUCUUUGUUCAUCUUUCUAAUGCUGGAUUUAUGUUCUUGUUGUUUAUUUAUAGAAAGUGCCUGUCAUUUUCACAUACAGCUGAGGAAAAAAUUAAGAGACCACAGCUGAAACAGUUUUGUUUCGCUCAUUUCUCAAUUUAUGGGUAUGUGUUUGUGAAUAAUAUGCAUUUUUUUUGCAAACCGCAGCCUGGUUCUUCUCUGUUU